UUCUUUCUCAACUCGCCUUGCACAGCAGUCAUCGUGCCAAAGAGGAAGGAAUAGGAGUUUUUACCCUGCUUUCUCCUCCCACUCAAAACUGAAUGGAAGGACUCUUUCGGAAUCGGAAUAGCAGGAGACACACUCGUUUAGCUUAGACAUUGAUUUAAUUUACCCGUCCGGUCAGCGACUUCUUUGUUGUGUUUUUUUUUUAAGGAUACUCAUGCGUCGGGAAUGCCACCAUGGCCACGCCGAACAGUCUACAGCAGCAGCAGGAUUACUUCAGAAGCGUCAGCAGCGAAUCCACCACGUAUAUGAUGGUCCCGGCCACGACGGCAGCGGCAAACACGCGUCGCGAUGCCGCGCCGUCCAAGAUGUGGGUCGCUAUGGUGGUGAUUGUGGUGGUCGUUCUACAGAUUGCUUCUACUACAGGUCUGUUCGUCUACCUGAAUAUGUCGAUAUCACAGGUGCGUAGCCAGGGCGUGACAGAGGAGCUGAAGUGCCUCAGUCUGCUGAAUGCUCUGGAUAAAGACCAGGACAUCCCAGAAGACCUGGCUCAGUUGUUUGGAGAACCUUGCAUCAAGCUGGCAGAGGGCAUCAAGGCCUACAUCUCAAAGGUAACUGAGAACAUAAUCUCCAAGCAGACGUUUCAGGAAGCGAGAACGUUACCUCGCACCUUCAACACUUCCGGGUCAAAGUUUGCGACCUCUGUGACCCAGCGUCCGUCAGCCCACCUGACCCUCAGAGACAGCAGUGCUCAAGGGUCUCCUUCAUACCCCACCCCCCAGCCUGACCUUCACCAAUCAUGUCGCCACGCCAUCCGAUCCUGGGCCAAUCAGAGCUUUGGAGCCCAUCUUCACAACAUGACCUUAGCCAAUGGGAGGCUGCGUGUGCCCCAGGAUGGGCGGUACUACCUGUACUCACAGGUGUACUUCCGCUACCCAUCCCUUAAUGAAGGGGACCAACAUACAACCAGUCACCAGCUGGUCCAGUGUGUAUACAAGAAGACGUCCUACCUGAGACCCAUCCAGCUGCUGAAGGGUGUAGGAACCAAGUGCUGGGCCCCAGACGCGGAGUACGCCCUCCACUCUGUGUACCAGGGAGGGCUGUUUGAGCUCAGGGCCGGGGAUGAACUCUUUGUCUCUGUCUCGUCCCCCACCAUGGUCCAUGCGGAGGAUUCAUCAAGUUAUUUUGGGGCAUUCCGUCUGGACCUGUAAAGAUGGAUGGAAACGAGAGGGUGGGAAACCACCAGAAGAGGGGGGUGGGGGGGAUAAAAAGGAGAGGAGGGGAGGACAGGUUCAGGACACUGCCAGGGUGAGGAAUGGGGGGAGGGGGGUGAAAGGAGAGGAGAGGAGGACAUGUUCAGGACACUGCCAGGGUGAGGAAUGGGGGGGGGGUGAAAGGAGAGGA